GAAGUCUGGUCUCUCUUCAUAUUCAAAAACUUCCUCGCUAUUUCUGGAAUCCUUGACUUUCAUUGUUCAUAUUUCAAGAGAAAAGAGAACUGUGACUCUAAAUUUAUCUUUCUUUGUUUCCUUCUCCAUUUAACAAAUCAUCCUCGUGGUGAUUCCCCUUUUUAUGCUUUUAUGAUCAUCAACAUUCUACAUUGAUUCUUGUACCUUCUACUCUUAUUUCUAAUCAGUCCUUCAUACCAUUGAAGCUUUUGAAUUUGCUGUUCAAGCACAGCACUCGUUACUUCAAGCAUAUAAAUCAGGAUUGGAUACAUUUUCAACGGGAGAAGUAGCAUUACACAUCAUUGGAAAUAUGAAGGGAAUUCGAGUCAACAAAUAUUCCUUAUGGACGGUUGUUUAUCUUUUCAGCACAACCUUUGCACAAGCAAAUACCAUCUUUGAGCGGGCAACAUGUCCACAAUCGAGUUACACACAAUGUACAAACGUGGGGCUACCUUCAGACUUUUGCUGCCCUUCUACUUCGACUUGUAUAGCUUUAGCACAGAACACCACCUUAUUAUGCUGUCCUAGUGGGAGUGAUUGUUCCACUAUCCAACCCAUUACUUGCGACAUAACUCAGCAAAAUAUCACUGCACAUCCUGAUAAUACACUCAAAACUACAGCUUUGACAGCGAGUUUAGAAAAGUGUGGUAGCAAUUGCUGUCCAUUUGGAUAUACUUGCGUGAAUGGUAACUGCCAUAUGAACGCCGAUCAAGCAGAUUCCGUUCCAGGUCAACAACAGAGUUCUGCAGUAGCCAGCGCAACAUCAUCCGUAGCGACGAGCUCAGGUACAAAAGCAACCGCUACCUCAACCAAUCCCUCACUAUCCAUUAUCCCAUCCUCUACCUCGGUUGCGUCUUCAACCGAUACACCUAUCGCUAUCAUCCCAAAGACAUGCAACAAAUUUCCCCUUGAUGCAAUCCUCGUAGGUUUUUUCCCUGGCAUCGCUCUAGGAGUCAUUCUCGCCCUUCUCAGCGUGUGCUUUCUCGGUCGACGCAAAGAAAACAACCGCACAAGUGGCUCCUCUUUCGGAAAUAUAUCCGAUCCCGUCCCCACCAGCGACAUACGUACCGAUUUCCUUCGCAAAAUGCCUCAAACCCCCUCCACAUCCGCUGGCGGUACCCCUCGAAGACAAAACACCGUCAACCGUGUUCGAUCACUAUUCCGAAAAUCCACCGCCACAGGAAUGACCAACAGCCCACGUAUGGCAUUUCAAAACAGUCCACCUCCCGCACCACCCAUCCCUCUAAAUAUACAAAGACAGAAACAAACACAUGUACCCGAUGGCCGACCCGUCACCCCGCCUUCACAACGCGAACCUAGUUUUGAAGAUAUAAACAUUUUUACCGAUGCCGAUACCGCGAGUUCCUUUCGUGAAGCGAGGAAUCAACAAAAUCAACAGAAUGUAAAUUAUCUUGGUGUCCCACCGGCAUUUGGUAUACAGGGGAGAGGAAGUCAUCAAACUACAUUUACGGAUAUGAUGGAGAGGAGUGGAUUGGCGGGAUUGCAAAAGGGUCAACGUAAGUAUCAGCUUCUUGAAGAUAAUUUGUCUAGACGGGAGGGAUGGAAAGAUAGGGAGGGAUAGAUUGUGGUGUUUUUGUUUUUCGUUUUGAUUCUUUUUACCUUUUUUGAUUUUUGUGGUGUGGUUGCUAAUUGUUUUUUUCUUCUUUCCGGCGAAAAGCGUAUGUUUAUCGAGGGAAUGAAACAGCCUACACACCUAGUCCACCGCAAAGAGAGAGAAUGGGGAAGGUAUGAUAUGAUAUGAUUUGGAUGUAUAGAUGAUGAUGGAGUGGGCAUUUUAUCCUAUUACGAUUUCAUGGGCUUAUGGUGUUAUAAACGGGAAGAAAGAACAAUGUUACAUAUUAUCCGCAAGCCGGAUUGGAGUAUAGGUGGGAUUGGUUUGGUUUGGUUAAUUUGGUGGGAUGGGCAUAUAUUAUAUGUAUUAUAGUACGGUAGUAUGGUACUUUAAUAUUCAUUUUUUGGGAGGGGGGAGUUGUUUUGUAGAUACUUAUUAGGUUGGUAGGUUGGUAGGUAGGUAGAUUGCAUACCCUCUGGGAUUUUUUAUAGGAUAGGAUAUUAGGAUAGGAUAGGAUAUUAGGAUAGGAUAG